CAGGAAACUCGAGAAAAUGGCAAGAACCAAGCAAACCGCCCGUAAAUCCACCGGAGGUAAAGCCCCGAGGAAGCAGCUCGCCACCAAAGCCGCCCGUAAGAGCGCUCCGGCCACCGGCGGCGUCAAGAAGCCUCACCGCUACAGGCCCGGCACCGUGGCUCUGCGAGAGAUCCGUCGCUACCAGAAGUCCACCGAGCUGCUGAUCCGCAAGCUGCCCUUCCAGCGUCUGGUGCGAGAGAUCGCUCAGGACUUCAAGACGGACCUGCGCUUCCAGAGCUCCGCCGUCAUGGCCCUGCAGGAGUCCAGCGAGGCUUAUCUGGUCGGUCUGUUCGAGGACACCAACCUGUGCGCCAUCCACGCCAAGAGAGUCACCAUCAUGCCCAAAGACAUCCAGCUGGCCCGCCGCAUCCGUGGAGAGCGCGCCUAAAC